GAUUGGUGGAGUUUAUGAGAUGGAACGCCCGGCUGCGAAUUCCUCCGCCGCUGAUCCUUUGGUGGUGUGCGUGGUGAAGGAGCACAUGUUCGAGAAGGUGGUGACGCCGAGCGACGUGGGGAAGCUCAACCGGCUGGUCAUCCCCAAGCAGUACGCGGAGAAGUACCUCCCGCUGGAUGCGGAAGAGAGCGAGCCAGGCGGCGCGGCGGCGUCGGCGGAGACCAAGAAGAUGGGGCUGCUGCUCAGCUUCGAGGACCGCAGCGGCAAGUCCUGGCGCUUCCGCUACUCCUACUGGAACAGCAGCCAGAGCUACGUGAUCACCAAGGGGUGGAGUCGCUUCGUCAAGGAAAAGGGCCUCGGAGCCGGGGACACCGUCUCCUUCUCGCGCGGCGCCGGCAGCGCGGCCUCGCGCCGGCGACUCUUCAUCGACCUGAAGCGCCGGCCGCCCCAGCCUGCCGCCUGCCACCUCCCUCGCGGCUUCACCAACGGCAUUCCGCUCCCUCUCCAACUCCCGGGCGGAUCCACGCCCUCUCCUUUCACCGCGUGCGGCGCCCACGACUGGCUUGCGCGUAAUUCCUUCUACAACAUCAACUGGUUAGCACCGGCCGCCGUCUUGCCGCCCAAGCCGGAGCUGCAUCCGGCACCCGGCGGCGCAACAAUGUCGUCGCCUGCUCUCGGUCCGCGUUCGAAAAGGCUGAGGUUGUUCGGGGUCAACCUCGAUCUCCCCGACUCCCUACCGCAGUAGCUAGCUACCGAUCGAAUCUAAUUAUCAGGGGAAGUACUAAUCAAGCAUGAUAUAUAUGCACGCCUAGUUAUAUUAUUUUCUCUUCUGUUCAAUUUCAUGAGAACUUGAAUAACAAGCACAAGCACUAAUGUAAUGUAUGAUAUCCACUGAACAUGUUACAAUUACAUCA